UUUGAGACUUCCUCAAUCCGGUGUAGUGUUUGAGGAGAUCUUAUGGUAGGAGUGACCUUAGACUUUGUUUCAGUCGAAAAACUUACACAUUAAUUGCCGCAAUAAUGUCGAAACCGCCGCCUAAACCGGCCAAGCCAGGUCAGGUGAGAGUUUACAGAGCUCUGUUUGCAUUUGAACCCAGAACACCCGAUGAACUAUACUUUGAGGAAGGCGACGUACUUUACAUCUCAGAUAUUAGUGAUCCCAAUUGGUGGAAAGGAACAUGCAAAGGCCGAACAGGAUUAAUUCCAAGUAACUAUGUGGCUGAGCAUGUAGAAUCAAUUGACAACCCAUUGCACGAAGCCGCCAAACGUGGGAAUGAAAGUUGGUUGAAAGAAUGUUUAGACAACAGGGUUGCAAUCAAUGCUCUCGACAAAGCUGGAAACACUGCUCUCUAUUGGGCAUGCCAUGGAGGACACAUUGGAAUAGUGAAAAUUCUGCUUUCCCAACCGCAAGUUGAAUUAAAUCAACAGAAUAAGCUGGGAGACACCAUUGUGCAUGCUGCUGCAUGGAAAGGAUAUGAAGAUAUUCUAGAGCUGUUGCUCAUGAAAGGUGCCAGGAUAGAUCUGAAAAACAAUGAGAACAAAGUGCCACUAGACAUGGCCACCAAUCCACAAUGUUCUUCUCUUCUUAAAAAGAAAUCUGGCCAAGGUAUCACAAGAACUGCAAGCAAUGCAGAAGAAUAUCUUGAUGAUGAAGACUCUGAUUAAUUUUUUUCAAAGUUCAGACAUCAAACACUUACUAAUACUUCCCUUUAGUUUGUUUUAUCCCAAUUUUGCUUAAAUUAUCUUGGCAUCUGUAAAUCAAAAAACAUACAAAGUUACUGAAAUUCAGUACUGAAUUGCAGUAUUAUUCCAGAAACUUUACAUUUUUUGUUUUCCUGGUUUCCUUUGCUCUGCUGUGAUUACACAGAAAAAUGUGAUCUGAACUUAUUUCCUCCCCACCACACAUGAAUGAGUUAAUCUUUUUAUUUGAAUCGCUCAGCUGAUGCUAAUUGAACUAAUUUGAAACCUGCAGAGUAUGGAUUUCCAAAUGUAAUUUAAAAGCAAUACUUAAUGCUGAAAAUAGUCUUUGUUGAGACUCUUUGAAAGUGUAAUAUUUGCUGUCUAGCAAUCAAAAAAGAUUAAUUUCCUGAAAAGCUUGUUUGUGGUUUCCACCAGAGUGGGUAUACACCUAUAUGUUUGUAUGUUAUGUUUAGACAUUUAAUAUGUUCCCCGUUUUAUUACUGUUUUGUUGCUGUGGACUCUGGCAACUAUCACAAUAUGAUGGUGACAAAGGAAAAUACUUGUUUUGAACCUUAUGCUUUAGCAUUUCAUGAAUUGGAUAUCGAAAUCAGUAUAAAUAUCAAGCUAGUCGAUGGUGUACUUGAUUUUGAUUGUCCUGAUCAUGUUAAGUAUAGAUUGGGUAUUUGUAAUAAGAUAAUAGAAUUUUCAAAUUUUCUUACACAGAUUUAGAACAAGGAUCAGCCUUUCAAACAGUUGAUAAGGCACAGUGCAGAUUGCUUUCAAUGGAUGAAAUACAUUUCAAGCUAAGUGGCUUAUCUAGGUGGUUGUUGAUGCCUUUUAAUUGGAGGCAACCUGGGAACAGGCUAUUUGCUUGGCCACCUCAGUAGAGAAGAUAUAAAAUUACAGAAUAAUGGAAAUGAGCAUUCAAAUUUGGAGCAGUAGGUCAUAAUGUCCCUCAUGCCUUCUCCACCAUUCCAUAAGAUUGUGACUGUCUGUCUGAUUAUAGCUUUAACUCCAUAUUCCCACCUACCUCUGAUGUCCUUUGACUUCCAUAUUAACCUCGAACCUAUCUACAUGUGCCUUUAAAGUUACUCCGUGACCUGCCUCUGUUGUUCUCUCGGAAAGAAAGUUCCAAAGACUUAGACACUCUGAAGGGAAAAAAAAAUCACUUUGCCUUAAAUGGAAGACCUUUUGUUUUUAAAAUGACCCUGCAAUGGGAAACAUAAUUCUAGCAUCCACCUCAAAUUCCCUCAGGCUCUUGUGCGUUUCAGUAACAUCACCAUUCAUUCAUUUGAACUCCAAUAAAUACGACCCAAGCUAUUCAACCUUUUCAUCAGGAGGUACCCCAAUUCUUCCCCUCCCUCUCUCCAUUCCUCUUGCCCCAGAAAUUCAAGGUGUCAAGUGAGCUACCUUCUAAUAUAACUAUUGUCUGUUAAGGAGACCAAAACUGUACUCCAAGUGUCGUCUCACCUAUGAUCAGUGAAACUGUGGCAAAAUAUGCUGCCUUAAAAUAAUCUUUGAGAUGAGGAUGCCCUGAUCCCUCUGUACCUCAGAAUUCUGCAAAAUCUCUGCAUUUAAUUAAAUGCUGUUUUCUAUUUCUCCAGACAAAUUAACAUUUUCCUACGCUAUACUCCAUGUGCUCCAACAAAUUUUGGUCGCACGCAAUCUUAUAUACAACCCUUUGCAGACACUGUGUCCACUUACUGUCCUGGCUUUAUUUGUCAUCAAAUUUAAAGAUCAUAAUUAUGGUCUUUUUUUCCAGGUUAUUGUGAGAAAUUGUAAAUAGUUGAGGCACCAACACUGAAAAUAACGGUUUUAUGCUUACAUGACCCCAUAAAACAAAAUCACAUUUAUAUGUCAUGAAAGGAAUGUUUUGUUUGUAGCUAUAUUAUUGGGCAUUUUCCCAUCAUCGCUGUGCACUUGAUAGUUUUAAAGUUGUUUUAUUGUAAUUGAUCACUUGUGCAACUUGGGACCUUGUGUAAAUACAUAAAAAUUCAAUAGAUUACAAAUUUGAUAUGAGAAUUGGUGAAAAAUGAGCUUGAAUGUUAGGAGCUUUUAAAUUACUAUGAAAUUCAAGGUUUCUGCUUUUUAAAUUCUUGUUUGUGGAUGAUACAGUUUAGUAAACAAAUUAGACAUUAAUAGGGUAAACACAACUUCUAUAAAUUAAGAUUUUAUGCUUUAAAUAUCCUCGUAGCUAUUGAACUUCAGGUCUGUUAUGUUUUGGAAGAACUGCAAAGUGAAUUUCUAUGCAUUUUGAAUAUUUUAUAACAUAAUUUAAGAAAUAUGACAUCGAGUUGCCGCUCCUGUUCUUGGAAU